AUGGUCCUGGCGGGUCCACCGGACGAUCCCUUCGGCCUCUACGCGCAGGAGAUGUUAGUCUCAGUGAAGGCGAAGUUCGAAGGUUAUGUGGACGUGGAGUUCGGUCUGCUUGGUGUCCCUUCUGUGGGCUGUGCCAUUGGUGGUCUGGGCAAGAUGCCGGGAGUUUAUUUCCGUCAGCAAAAUGCCGACUCCCCCCACAUGCUCCUUGAAGCAUUCCACUGUGCUGUCGACUAUGCCUUGGACAUGCCUGCCGCGUGGCAGCAAGCAGAGCUUCAGGAUUGCAUGUCUCCUGCAAGCCCAGAACGCCUAGCGUUCAGGGCAGCUGCAAUCGACUCGAGUCCUGAGGAUGAGGAGUACUGGCAGAUGGCCAAAGCUGCCACUCGGGCCGAGUUCCCCUUCAUUAUCUGGAAGGAGAACCUCAAAGAGGCCUACCAUCUCGCCCUCACCCACUUCAAGGACGCAGCCGCUGUUGCCAUGACAGCUUGCACGUGCUCUGGUGCCAUGUCGCCCCUGCAAGCCUGGCUUUCCUGCACCUCGCGGGCAGAGGAGGCAGUGGCCCAUGGACUGGGCAGGGUCGCCAAGUCUUGCGCGCGCAAUCCUUGGAAAUGUGUGACGGUGACCGUCGUGGGCUGCUUGCUCUGUGCCGUGGGCGUUUUGCGCUUUACGGCCAGGAACGAAGCUCGUGAUCUUUGGGUAGAUCAAGGAUCGCAGGUCAUGAAGGACUUGGAGUGGACGGAAGAGUACUUCCCCGCCCGCGGCCGUAUGAAUCGCAUCCUGGUCACUGCGAAAGAUGGUGGUAGCAUUCUUCGACUGGAGACGAUGGCCGAAGUCUUCAAAAUUGCUGAUGAUGUCAAAGCACUGUCGGGUACUGAUGGAGCGACUUUCGCCAAUCUCUGCCUUCAGGUGCCCUCCGGCUGCUUAAAUGCUGGGGUCCGCCGGUAUUUUGGGACCGGUGCCACUGCCGACUUCAAUCAGACAGUCACGACUCAAGCCGACAUCCUGGUUGCUGUGAACAGGGCCAACUUCCCCGACGGUGCUCCAGCAUUCGCCGAUGACUCACUGGGUGGCAUUGAGCGCGAUGGCAGCGGCAGCAUCACGAGUGCCACCGCCGCGCGUGUCGACUUCAUCCUGAAUGCCGACAGCGAUUCGAUGGCAUGGGAGGAGGCUCUGGUGGAGCAUUUCACCAAGGACCAGCUCACCAAUCAAGGCUACGAGAACGUGAAUGCCUUUGUGCAGGCGCAACGCUCCAUGGACGACGAACUGAACAGAACAGUUCGAGCGGACAUUCCACUUUUCGCCAUCGCUUUUGUGGUGAUGGCAACUUUCUGCUCGAUCUUCCUGGGCAAGACAGCAUCGUGGACACAGAGCAGAAGGCUGCUGGGACAAGUCGAGUUCUUCCUGGUACUCUUCGGGUGCAUCGCUGGUUACGGCACUUCCAUGCUGAUCGGAGUUCCAUUCACAGUGCUGCAGCAGAUCCUCCCUUUCAUUCUCGUGGGCAUUGGCAUCGACGAUGCUUUCGUCAUCUCCGGGGCCUCCGAUGCGACCGACUAG